AUGUGUGUCACUCAGCUGCAGGCUACCGCCGCGUUUCCAAACUAUCUGGAGCAAACAAAGGCAGCGGCACAAGGCGGGUGCUGGCGGAAGCUGUGCCUUGCAUGCGAGGCUAAGCGAGCCCGGGCCGGCGGCGGCAGCGUGCGCGGGGAUGUGCAGGAGGCAGCCGCUUUGAACGUGCGACCGGCCGUCAGCUGGCCGGGCAGCGUUUUGCUGCUUCAUCCUGGAGCUUCCUUGGCUCAGCAUGUCCUGGCCGGUCACUCCGCUCUUGCAGGAGCGCUGCUGAGAGCAGCCUGGGAGCCAGCCAAAGGCAGCAUCUGCACCCUACGCUUGCAAGUCCUACAGGCUUGCAGUGAUGAGGAUGACCUCUCAGCUAGUCCUCAGCUGUUUACUCCCAUGAGCCCUUAUGAUGUAGACCUUCCAAUUCAAACAACUGAAGAUGUGUUGUUCGGUUCUCAAUUUAACCAGCCCAAAGAGCUCCCAGCAGACUUCUCCUCUGUGGAUCUCAGCUUUCUUCCAGAUAUUACCCAAGAUAGCAAAGAACAAAAUCUAUCUGAGGCUGGUCAUGACAUGCAAAAAGAGUUUGAUGGGUCAAUAUCAUCAAGAAAUGAGGACAGCAGUAUCUUCAUGGAUGAAAGCAGCUUGUCGUAUCCAGAUGCAACUCGACCAUCUCCUGAAGCAUCUGGCGUGUGUCCUCCUCUGACACCAAUGACGCCUAUGACCCCAGUGACACCUGCAUCAGAAAGCUCUGGCAUAGUUCCUCAGUUACAGAAUAUAGUGUCAACUGUAAACUUGGCUUGUAAACUAGAUCUGAAGAACAUAGCUCUGCAUGCCAGAAAUGCAGAGUAUAACCCAAAGAGGUUUGCUGCCGUGAUCAUGAGAAUCAGGGAACCACGAACAACAGCCCUCAUCUUCAGCUCAGGAAAAAUGGUCUGCACAGGAGCAAAAAGUGAAGAGCAAUCACGGCUCGCAGCCAGGAAGUAUGCGCGCGUGGUGCAGAAGCUUGGGUUCCCUGCCAAGUUCCUGGACUUCAAGAUACAGAAUAUGGUCGGGAGCUGUGACGUGAGGUUCCCCAUCCGACUGGAAGGCUUGGUGCUCACUCACCAGCANNGAAACAGCUACGAACCUGAACUAUUUCCUGGCCUUAUUUAUAGGAUGGUCAAACCAAGGAUAGUGUUGCUUAUCUUUGUGUCUGGAAAAGUUGUACUGACUGGAGCAAAAGAGCGUUCUGAAAUCUAUGAGGCAUUUGAGAACAUCUACCCCAUUCUAAAAGGCUUCAAGAAAGCAUCAUAA